AUAACUUGCAUUCAGCAAUAGAUCUCUCACUCUCACUAAGUUCUCUCUCUCAGAUUUGAUUCUCACAAAGUUACCUUUUUAGGGUUUUCGAUCUUUCUCCCGUUCUACUCGUUCCUGUUUCCCUCCUCAUGUAAGUUACCGCCAUAAUUUCAUUUUUCAUUUUUAAUUUUUUUCUCGGCGUGAGGUAAAUUAAUGGCAUCGUUCCGUCGGACUCUGUCGCCGGCGUAUCACGAUCGCCAGUACCUAAACGCUGCGUUUUCGGUUUCUUCGCCUUCACACAAGCUUUCAUCCUCCAACACAAAGUACUCGUCGCCGCUGCCGGCGCUCGCCGCCGCGUUCAGGCGACUCAUCGGCGGCGUAUUCAUGCGACGGUACGGUCGGAAAGGUCUAUGGAGACGCGCCGUGUUCCGGUGCUUGCUUUGUUUCUUUGUAGGGUUUUUGUUAGGCAUGUUCCCUUUCGGUCACGUGGUGGAGGACAUUCGCUCACAGGAUAUCUCUUUCGAGAUGAAGCCGCCGCACGCGAAUGCGCAACUGCUUCGUCAAGAUCGCGUUCUGAAGAAUCGCGUUGAGGAGGAUGAGGAGGGUUUCGUGGUGGAUCCGGUGAGUCUGAGUGCGGAGAAGCGGAGUUUGGCGACGGAGAAGUUUGAUUUCGUGCCGAGGAAGCAGUUGAUUGUAGUGACUCCUACCUAUGGACGCGCUUUUCAGGCGUAUUUCUUGAAUAGGUUGGGUCAGGUGUUGCGUUUGGUGCCGCCGCCGGUUCUGUGGAUUGUGGUGGAAAUGAAUUCGGCAUCGAUGGAGACUGCGGCAGUACUUAGGAAAACGGGUAUGAUGUAUAGGCAUUUGGUGUGUGCUAAGAAUUUGACGGAUGUGAAGGAUAGAGGGGUUCAUCAGAGGAACACAGCGUUGGAGCACAUUGAGCGUCAUAGACUUGAUGGCAUUGUUUACUUUGCGGAUGAUGAUAAUGUGUAUUCUCUCGAGUUGUUUGACGUCUUGAGAGAUAUUAGCCGCUUUGGGACUUGGCCUGUAGCCAUGCUUUCACCGAGCAAGAACAAGGCCAUUUUGGAGGGUCCUGUAUGCAAUGCAAGCCAAGUGAUUGGAUGGCAUACAAAUGAGAAAAGUAGAAGACUUCGCAGAUUUCAUGUUGAUAUGUCUGGCUUUGCAUUUAACAGCACAAUCUUGUGGGAUCCAAAAAGAUGGCGACGCCCUACUUCAACUCCUAUACGACAGCUCGACACAGUGAAGGAGGGUUUUCAAGAAACCACCUUCAUUGAACAAUUGAUGGAAGAUGAAAGUCAAAUGGAAGGUUCACCUCCUGGGUGUUCAAAAAUAUUGAAUUGGCAUCUCCAUUUGGAUGCUCAUAAUAUAGUUUACCCUAAAGGUUGGAUGCUUCAGAAAAACCUAGAUGCUGUCAUACCUGUCAAGUAAUCCUCCAAUUCUUUUGUGAGUGUGUCAUAGUUUGCCCAUAUUUGGUAUUGGUUCAUCACUGAAUAGAUGGGUGCAUCAGUUAGCCACCAGUGGCACUAAUGCAUUACGUCGCCGGGCAAGACAGGAACAGGUUACUGGUUUUGUUUCCCGAAUUCUCUUGCACGAAAAAAUAUUUGCGGGGGCAAAUUUUUUGCUGUUGUAAAGUAUGCAGCCUUAUUUCUUUGAGAGAAAUAGGUCCUCCGAGAAUAACAAAAAAUGAUCGACGUGUUUGAGUUUCAACAUUAUACACAGCUUAGGUAAUCGGUGGAUGUUACGUCUAGGGGCUAAUUUGAUGUCCACCAAUACUGUUUCUGAUUUAGGCAAUGCAUCAAAAUCUGCAAAGGGUAAAUUCUCAAAUGUAUUCCCAUCUUCAUAUUUCUUUUAAUUCUUUCAGGCGAUGAUAUUCUUCCAAAUGCUUAAUUUUGAUAAACUACUAUAUAAAUUGCUAUGUACCAUAAUAAUAUAUGCGAAGCAGUUGAAUAUGAGGCACUACAUUAG